AUGCCACGCCGCCAGAAGAAAAAGCUGCGCGCCGGCCAGAAACGCCACGAGGGCCAGGUUGAGGGGCAGGGUGUGGGGGGUGCUCAGGCCGCCGCCGCGGCGGCGGAGCCCCUUGGGGAGGCUUCCCCGGGGUCCCCCCGGGCGGGUGCAGCCCAGCAGCCUCAGGGUGCCCCGGCCCCCGGGUCCCCCGGCGCAGGCGCCGCAAGCCCGCCACGUGAGCAGGGCGCCGAGGGCCCGGCCGCGCCCCCCGCCCCGGGCGCCCGCAAAGACCCCCUCAGCCGCAAGGCCGAGAUGCUGGUGCGGUUCCUGCUGGAGAAGCACGCCAGCAAGGAGCCCAUCACGCGGGCCGCGCUGCUGAAGAUCGUCAGCAGGAAGUACGAGGCGCACUGGGCCGAGAUCCUCAGGCGCACCUCGGAGCGCCUGCAGCUGCUCUUCGGCCUCGAGCUCCGGGAGGGCGACGCCGGCGGCCGGGCCUACGCGCUGGUCAGCAAGCCGGGCCUGGAGGGCGACGGCGGCGACGAGGGGCCGCCCAAGAGCGGCCUGGUCCUGGCGCUGCUGGGCGUGAUCUUCAUGAAGGGCAACCGCGCCAGCGAGGAGGAGGUGUGGGAGUUCCUCAACGUGCUGGGCGUGUACGCGGGCCGCAGGCACCCGAUCUUCGGGGAGCCCAGGAAGUUCAUCACCCAAGACCUGGUGCGCCAGAAGUACCUGGAGUACCGCCACGUGCCGGGCAGCAAACCUCAGCGCUACGAGUUCCUGUGGGGCCCGAGAGCCCGCGCCCACACCAGCAAGAUGGAGGUGCUGCAGGUGCUGGCCAAGAUCAACGACACGGUGCCCAGCUGCUUCCCCCAGCUGUACCAGGAGGCCCUGCUGGAAGAGGCGGCGCGCGAGAGCCCCACAGACGCAGCCACGGUGGCCUCCGCCGGCGAGGCUGCGGGCCCUUCGGGAGCCGGGGAGCCGUCCCGGGCCCGGGUCGGCCGCGGCCGCCGAAUCUAG